CGGAAUGGACUUACGUGGAAAUUUAAAUCGUUUUCUGAUAUUUUAUAUCGAUGGAUGGAAGGUUUUUCGGGAUCCUCAACUGGAGUCCAGGCAUUCUCCUGUAUACUUUUGGAGGGAACAGAUGAAGGCAAUGUUGUUUUACACAACCUCUGAGGAACGUCUAUUACCCUAUCGAUCCUUUUGGCAUACUUUUAUGAUUAUCAAAUCUUGCGUAUUUUUCGCUUCAAUGUGGUACGGCUUAACGGAAUCAAUUGGAGACAAUGUUCAAGUGGGUCGUGAUCUUGCUUUCAUCAUAGGGAUAUCUUAUAUUAUUUUUAAGAUGUUUUACUUUCUGUGGUAUGGUGAUGCUCUUGACGAGGUGGUCAAUGACCUGGAGACAUUUCACCCUUGGGCGCAGAAGGGUCCUUUUACAGUAGACUAUCGAACUGGCAAGCGCUGGUACUUCUUGAUGUCGUUUGUUGUAUCGACGUCCUGGGCGCUCUUCUUGGUUAUUUUUCUCGGACUACUUAUAACAUCACCAAUGUGGGUCCAGCAGCAGAACCUCCCCUUUCACGUGGCUUUUCCAUUUCAAUGGCACGACAGGUCGACUCACCCCAUAACCCACGCCAUAAUCUAUUUGUUUCAGUGUUACUUUGGGACGUAUUGUCUAACUUGGCUGUUGUGCAUGGAGGGGCUUUCAGUAUGCAUUUACUUGGAACUUACCUUCGCCAUCGAAGUUCUAUGCCUCGAGCUUCGAUACCUACACCAAAGAUGCGAUGGCAAUGAGCAGCUGAGAUUGGAGACGAAUCGCUUGGUCAGGUUCCAUCAGAAGAUUGUUGAGAUUUUAAAUCGUAUUAACGACGUUUUUCAUGGGACUCUUAUAAUGCAAAUGUGCGUUAACUUCUCCUUGGUCUCUCUAUCGGUUUUAGAGGCCAUGGAGGCCCGAAAAGAUCCCAAGGUGGUGGCUCAAUUCGCAGUCCUCAUGCUGCUCGCUUUGGGACAUCUGUCCAUGUGGUCCUACUUUGGAGAUUUGUUAUCCCAGACAUCGUUGAAAGUUUCGGAGGCUGCUUAUGAGGCAUAUGAUCCCACCAAAGGAUCCAAGGAAGUUUACAGAGACCUAUGCCUCAUAAUACGGCGCGCUCAGAAUCCCCUGAUCAUGAGAGCCAGUCCCUUUCCGUCAUUUAAUUUUAUAAACUACACAGCUAUACUCAACCAAUGCUUUGGAAUACUGACAUUUUUAUUAAACACCUUGGAUUAAGUAUUUACUUACCAUUAGAAGUUCCAC